GGUCCUCCACCUCUCCUCAGUCCUUCCCAUUUUCGCCUGUCGCAGUCCCCGUCCGUGCGAGGUCCGCAGAGGCCUCUGACGCUCUUCGUGUCGUCGUGGUCUUCCCACACGGGCGAGUCUCCCAUGGCGAUUCGUCAGGACGAGAAGCCGCGACUUCUCCCGCCUCCUUCCAAGGUUCAGCGAGGAACGGCGCUGAAGAGGAAGGAGAAGCUGCUGUCCGGAAGGCCACUGGGUGUUCAACGAACUUCCUGCAAGCAGCAAGGAACGUCGCUGAAGAGGAAGGAGAAGUUGCUCUGUAGAAAGCCACUGGGUCUUCAGGGAACUUCCAAUAAGCAGGUAAUCUGUUGUGGUUUGCCUAAGCUGGAAAGUCCAAAGAGAGAGAGAGCCGCAGAUGACGAAUAUGGUACUGCUUCUGCAAAUGAUGCCCUGGAUCGAGCAAAAAGAAUUCAGUCAACUCUAUCGCCAGAGUAUCCAGUCAUGGUUAAGCAUAUGCUACCAUCGCAUGUUACUGGUGGAUUUUGGCUGGGUCUUCCGAAGAAAUUCUGCGACUUGCAUUUGCCACAGCAAGAUGUAACUAUUACUUUAGAAGACGAAAGCAGCAAAGGAUAUGAAACCAAGUACCUUGGGGCAAAGAUGGGCCUAAGUGGUGGCUGGAGAGGGUUUUCCAUCGCUCACAAUCUGCAGGAGGGCGAUGCAUUAGUUUUCCAAUUAGUCAAGCCAACCCGUUUCAAGGUUUACAUUGUGAGACGAAGCAAUUUCGAUGAUGUGGAUGGGGCUCUUGGCCUCCUUAGUUUGGACCACUGCUUAAAAACAGGGGAUUCUGAAAACGCCCGCAAGACCUGCAAAAUAUCGGAUGAUGAUUAUUGGAAGCCUCUCACAACGGAAGAUCCUCCACAAAUCUCUCAAAAUGACAACUUAAGAGCCUGCAAUGUGCUUGCUCUGCCUGUCAUUGAACAGGCCAAGAGUGAUCCUGGAGAUCCUGUCUCUGAAGUCCUCGACGGAAUCCGGUUCUCCGAAAAAACUCUUGACUUUAAAGACGUGAGAAGCAUCGAGAACUUUGAGAUAAUAGCCAACGACCUAGUCAUUGACUCCGAACUGUCCAACCACUUUAGACUCAAAUACUACGAGCUUUGCCGGAGUCAAAAGUCGUAUCUCCAUGGUUGCCUCCUUGAAGGGUUGAACUACAAACUUGCUGCUGGUAUAAUCUCGGAGACGGUGAACUUAGCGGACGCAAUUCGGGCUUCAAGGAUUGUGACGUCAAUGAAGGAAUUCGAUAUCUGGAGCAAGACACUGAAGGCAUUUCAGGACAUGGGCAUGGAAGUGGGGUUUUUGAGAGCCCGGCUUGAGCGGCUCCUGGAACUUGCGAUGAGGUCAAAGAGGUACAGAGAAGCGGAGAGUGAUCGGGCUCGGGCCGAGGAGGAGAGGUGCAGGCUUGAGGUGAAGCUCGCGGAAGUAAGAGAAGUUAUUAGCAGGCUCGAUGAUGAGAUUGAGAGUUUGCGCAAAGGGAGUGAUGACCUUGAGAUGACAUUCGAAGAAGUUGCUAGCGCUCCUUGGUGAUCUGUGAACCGACUCUGUUUUGGCUUUUGACAUGCAUUUUUUUGGAGGAGAUGAAGAGAUUCAUCAUGAUUAUGAAGAGUUAGACAAUUUACCAUCAUGUUUAGUUUUGUGAACUCUAGUUUAAAAGGGAGUCUAUUUGCUUAGAAAUGUGUAUAUCAACCCAUUUUGAUUUGUAUUGAUUCUCUAAAUUGGACCCUUUAGACAAAUUGAUAGCAAUGCAUCUUGAUUUUGUGCAAA